GUGGCGACGAACCUUGAAAAAAUGCGGAAUGGUGGCGCAAGCCCAUAAUUUAGCCUGAACCUUCGUCUUAAACCCUAAACCCUAAUACCAAAUUUCCCAUUAUUGCUCCCCUUCUUCGCAGUCAAGAUGCUCAAUGUUCCGGUUAACCACCAGACGACGCCGUCUUCUAUCACCCUUGCUCUUCACCACAUCUCCGGCAUUCUGCUCGAUUAGCGCCGCCGCUGCCGCCGUCACGGAUUUCCCGCAGAACGACGCUGUCUCACAAAUUAUCGGCCACUUCAUCUCUUCUCCCUUUCGUUACAGUCAUAAGCUCUUAUUAAAUUCCCUCAGAAACAGUAAUUGGUUUAGGAAGGAAGUUUCCAAGUUGGGGCCUUCAGAAAUUGACUAUAUCUUUGAUAAAAUUAGCUCGCAAAGUGCAAUUGAGUUCUUCUUCUUGUUGCAAAAUGAGUUUGGGUUCAAACACUCACAGAGCUCGCAGUUCUUCAUUGCGCAUUUAUUGGCGGAGAAGAGGCGGUACCGUGCGCUGCUCUGUCAUAUGCGGAUGGUUGUUCAGGAACAAGGCUCUGGAUCUGCACCCUUGUUUUGUGAGCUGCUUUUAAAAAGCUUUAGGGGCUGGGGAUCAAACCAUGUGGUGUGGGAUAUGCUGGCAUUUGUUUACUCGAGAACUGCUAUGGUUCAUGAUGCUUUGGUUGUGCUGUCAAAGAUGAAAGACUUAAAUAUUCGCCCAUCAAUUAUGACAUACAAUAGUUUGUUGCACAACUUGAGGGAAACUGAUAUUGUGUGGGAUAUCUAUAGUGAACUCGAAGAUAAUGGACCCCAACCAUCUGAGUAUACAAAUUCAAUCUUCCUUGAUGGUCUUUGCAGGCAGUCCUUGUUCCUUGAAGCAAUUAAUUUUCUAAGGGAGAUGAAUAAGGAAAUGACUGAGCCUUGUGUUGUUUGUUUCAACACUUUGAUGUCAGGAUUCUGUAGGAAGGGUUUUAUAGGUAUUUCUAAAUCAUUAUUUGGUAUGAUGUUUAAGUAUGGAUUAAGUCCUGAUAGAUACAGUUACAAUAUUCUCAUUCAUGGGCUAUGUGUUAGUGGUUCAUUGGAAGAAGCCUUAGCCUUUGCGAUUGACAUGGACAAGCAUGGAUUAGAUCCUGAUCAGGUAACAUAUAACAUUCUCGCCAAAGGAUUUUGUUUACUUGGUACAACGGGUGGAGGUUGGAAGGUUUCUAAGAAAAUACUACAGAGCGAAGCAGAUCCUGACCUGCUUACCUACACAAUACUCAUUUGUGGGCAUUGCCAGACAGGUAAUGUUGAAGAGGGUUAUAGGCUGCGAGAGGAGAUGAUGUCUAAGGGUCUCAAGUUAAAUGAUAUCUCAUAUCAUGCGUUACUAAGCGGCUUGUGUAGAAAUGGGCAGAUAAAUGAGGCUGUAUGUUUGCUUUCUGAGUUGAGUACUGACAGGUUAAAACCAGAUCUCUUUAUGUGCUCUAUGGUAUUCCAUGGUCUCUGCAAGCUGGGAGAAGUAGAGAAAGCCAUCCAUCUGUGCAAGGACAUGUUUUUUAAGGAAAACUACCAGAAUUCUUUUCCUCACAGAUCUAUUUUGAUAGGAUUGUGGGAGAAGAGAACUAUGUUUGAGGCUAGAAGUUAUUUUAAUACAUUGACAAAAAGUGGCUUGAUACAGGAUGUUGUACUGUACAAUAUUAUGAUUGAUAGAUAUAUUAAAGUUGGUAAUGUGGCAGAUGCUGUAGGAUUGUACGAAAAUUUAUUGGAGAAAGGGAUUCCUCCAACUGUAGUUACUUUCAACACCCUGAUAAAUGGAUUGUGCAAGGCCAGAAAACUAGCUCAGGCCAGAAAGUGGCUAGAUGACAUGAAGAUGCACAAUGUAGUGCCAACUAUUGUUACGUAUACUACAAUUAUGGACGCCUUUUGUGAAGUGGGAAGUUUAGAAGCUACCUUUGAGUUAUUUGAGGAAAUGGUAAAAAGUGGUAUCGAGCCAAAUCAAGUAACUUACACAGUCCUUAUGAAAGGUCUGUGUAAGCGAGGGAAGCUGGAAGAAUCUGUUGCAAUUCUCCAGAACAUGUUAGCUAAUGGUCUUUCUCCAGAUCAAACUUCCUAUAAUGCUUUGAUCCAAUGCUUUUGUAAAGCUCGGAACUUUGAAAGAGCAUUUCAAUUACAUGAUGAGAUGGUACAGCUUAACAUUAUGCCAAAUAAUGUGACUUAUAAUAUUCUAAUCAAUGGCUUGUGUGUUUAUGGAGAUCUAAUUGUUGCUGAAAAGCUAUUUUGUGAUCUCCAAGGUCAAAACUUCAAAUUGUCGAAAGUUGCGUUUACUACACUUAUAAAAGCAAAUUGUGCAAAGGGAGAUGUUGAAAAGGCUAUGGUACUCUUUCGUCAAAUGGAUGAAACUGGCUUUGUGAUUUCAUUGAAAGAUUAUAGUGCAGUAAUUAAUAGACUGUGCAAAAGAUCUUUGCUAAAUGAUGCUAUGACUUUUUUUCGAAUGAUGCUAGUUGGUGGUGUUGCUCCUGAUCAGCAAAUUUGUUCAGUUAUACACUAUUCAUUACACCAAGCUGGUUAUGUCAUUGCCGAGUUUCAAGUUUAUGUUCUAAUGAUCAAAUUUGGCUUUGAUCCUGGUUGAAUAGUACGAAAUGUGUUUUUGUGGUGUUCAUCACCAAGCUACCUCUAGUAAUCAAAUACUACAAUAAGGAGGACCUUAUUAUCCCUUCUGUUGAAGAGAUCAGAAUCGGGAUAUACAAAGAUUGUAAUAUCGGUGUAAGAUGCAGUAGCACCAACAGGACGAACAAUUUCAAAGUCCUGCUGCUGGUGCUGAUUUUUACUUGUACUGUUGAGGAGUUAGAGAUCCUUGCUGCAUCAGUGCCUUUGCCUUGUUGUUGAACAUAUUUAAGAAAAGAAAUUUUGCAAGGACAGUACUUCCCGAGGAUAGAUUAAACAGAGAUGUCAGACUACCCUUCUCGACCUGUUUUGCUGCGAGUAGAAGGAAGCUAUACAAUGCUGCAAAUGUCCUCUGGAUUCCAUUGUUUUCAAGAGUUGGGUAAUUGAUAGGCCUAAAAUAACACACAUAAAACGGUGGAUUAGGAAUAUGCAACAUGAUUUCUGCUGUGAACUUGGACUAGUUCAAGAGAUGCAAUGCAACCUCUGAAGAUUUGACAUGCAUCCAUAGCAGCAGCUUCAGUCGCGUAAACAGGUUCAAUGUUUUCGAGUUCAGAGCAUUGCUUCCGCAGAGAGCUCAAAUCAGCGAACCUUAACUACAAAACCUCUGAUCAGAUGAUCUCCGCAGCACAGAGGUUCCCUGUUCUGUUGCCUUGUUUGGAGCACGAGAAAAAUGUCAAAAAACCAACUUACAUUUUAGAUGUUUGUUCAUUUUGCCACUGAAAUUUAGUGGAAAGUGACAUUUUGAUACCCAGAAGGAGCUAUUUUGGGGCGGAUUUAUUUGUAUCUCAAUAACAAUACAAGUCUUAGCACAUGUCGUACUUUGCUAAUUUUUGCUUAAUGUAGGAAUACAAUGGUGAUGACAUUACCGAUA